AUGGCAAAUCUCCUUGGUAAUAGGCUUAGCCCAGAUUGGAGCACGACUGUAACCCGGCUAAAGAACAAUAGGCUCUCAAAGAUGGAUUUCCAACUAGCUCGGAUGGCUUUCCAGACCACGAUAUACUGGAUAUGGAGAGAAAGGAACGGAAGAAGUCAUCAAAGUCCCACCAACACGGCAUCGUCUAUUGCUCGAACCAUUCACAAGGCAAUUCAUGAUCGAUUGCUCUCUCUCAGCCAUGGCUCAAGAGCAGGAAAUAAUGAAGCCAUAUUGAGAUGGAAUGCAGUAACCAGACGAAAUAUGUAG